AACUUUGCAUUUUUCGGAGGCGGAACCAAAUUCAACAACAUAUUUGAUAGAUUUCAGAGACCCCACGAUUCAUAGGUUUCAAGGGCCCUGCAGAUCCAUGUGGUUUCUCUUCGUCCUGCUUGGUCUGCCGAUGGAAACAAACGAAGGAGCGGAGUGCAGUGCAGGACUAACUCUCGGACGCCAGCAGUGCUACCUCCACGAGGAGAUCUUCCUUGCCCACCACCCUUUGCAAAGUGUCACAGCCAAGAGGCUCAAGCUUCCCUGGUGGUGCCCCCUCCUAGAAAGCCUCUUCCUGCUCCUGCUGGUGAAGCUGCUCCAGUUGUAGAUGAGCCAACACCUCUCUCUCCGUAAUUGCCGCUGAUGUAAGCGGACAGGUGGAGGCGACAAAUGUCACACAUGCUGCUCGUAAAUCACAUCGGAAACGGUUUUCCCCGUUGCUCUUGCUGCACAUGAUAAUUUGGCCAGGGUGGCUUGCUGGAGGUCUGGCCUAUGUGCUUCUAAUUAAAUUGUUCAAAAUGUUUUCCAGCGCGCUUUUGGGCCUGGCGCUGGAAAAUCGCUGACAAAUGCUCCCAUCAAAACACAGAAAAAGUUUUCAUUUUGUUUUGUCAAUGUCCAGGCCACAUAGCACCCAGAGGUGGACGGGCACAGUGGGCUGCGGUCUAUGGAAAUGGGAGCAUGUGAAAAUAUGGCAUCACAUGUUUUGGGUGCAAUUAUAAAUAUAUAAUAUAUAUUUUACAAGA